CUCUCUCUUUGUAAAAUUUUCUUUGUGAGAGCUGCCCGUGCGAAAUUCACGUAGUUUUUUUUUCUUGUCGUGUCACCAGCCCCCUCCCCCAAAUUUUUCGCAUCCUUUUUUUUGGUGGUCGAAAACGCCCCCUCCCAACCCCCCAACUUUUCGCGCGUAAAACCACGUGGCCCGUUGAGGCCUGGGAAUAAUUCGUGUCAUUUUUUUGUGUGUGUGUGUGUAUGUGUGGCUUAUAUAAUCUGCGUGAUAGCCGCCAUUUCUUUUUUUUUUCCUUCGCGUUAAUACGCUUUUUGCUCCGGUAUUGAGCAGAGUUGGUAUUUUUUUUCGUUUCUUUUUCUCUAGUAUUGAGCAGAAUAAGUAUUGAUUCUGUCCUUUUUUGCUUUGUUUUGUUUUUUUUUUCUCUUUCCCCGAUCACGUUGUCCAGUUGUCGUGUGUCGUAACGACAACAACCACCCGUAUCUGUAUUUCAUUUAUUUAUUUUUUUUUUUCCUUUUUUUUUGUAUAUUUAACUAACAUUUGGUAGUAAGUAAGUGUGUGGAGUCCUAUCGAUAGGUCUUGGGAAAUCAUAUGCCGCCUAAGCGUACAGAUUCUUCAGUGCCAUUUCAAAUAGUAACGCGUUCAACCACCAGGACGGUAGCCACGCCGUUGAAACCUGCACGAGUAGUAGUGCCGACCACACAAGUACCGUCACCGUCCCUGCGUGGUGGCGUGAGUAGGCUCACUUAUAAUUUACCAGUUUCAGCAACUGCAGUUUCAAGGGUACCAGACAUGGCGCUGCCCCAGGAUCUAAUUGAUGCGCUGAGAAAUCUCACGACGGCAAUGGGCCAAGAUCGACUAGCUGCCCAAAAUCAGGCGGCAGAUCUUUUGAACGCGUUGGACCAACAGCGUCAACAGUCAGCGAACUUGGUGCAACAGCUGGCCAACAAUGCAGCAGCCGGACAGAACCAGCAGCAACAGCAAAAUCUUCCCCAAGCUCCAGUUUUACCCAUUCCACGUAUAGCAAAUGCGGCUGUCGACUCCAUUCCAUGCUUUGAAGGUAAGCUGAUGGAUUUUCCGCAAGAUUUUAUUGAUUUCGUUGAUAGGGUAGCCGUGGCCGAGGGCUGGACAGAUGCGCAGCGCAUUCAAGUAGCAGCAAGGCGUCUGCUAAAAACAGCGUUGGAUUGGCACAUCCACAUAGGCCACACCCACGCAACUUGGAAUAAUUGGUCGCUGGCAUUCACGGCGAAUUUUUCACCUCGAUUGCACGUGAGUGAAUGGCUCCAUCUAGUGGAAGAUAGGCGGCAGAAAACCGGCGAGUCGGGUAUAGAGUACGCUUUGGACAAGCAUAAGGUAUUGCGUGUUGCCCCUAUCCCACUUAACGAGGAGAAGAUGGUUGCAUUUUUGAUAGAUGGCCUCGCCAGUUGGCAACAUGUGGCCGCCAUGACAGCGAACCGUCCAGCCAACGUCACGGAGUUUAUUCAGAGGAUAAGGGAACUAGAGACUCUUGGCGUUGCGUCUCGCUUGGUACCUCCACCAGCACAUGGACCAGUGGUGCCACCUUGGGCUCCACCAGUGGUUCCACCAGCGGCUCCGACAGCAACCCCACCAAUGGCGCCAUCUAGCGCUCCUGAUUUAAACGCCACUCUAACAGCAUUUGGCAACCAGCUGGUUCAUCAACUGACUGCACAGUUCAACAAGAUGACAAUAGGGAGUCGUGGUACCGGUGGUGGAGGAGGCGGAGGUGAUCGUGGUGGAAGAAGUGGAGGUGAUCGUAGCGGAGGAGGAUGGGUCGACCCUAGCAAACGGAAAUGCUACAACUGUGGGGUGGUUGGCCACAUCUCCCGUCACUGCCCAGCAAAGUCGGAAAAGGACCGACCGGAAGUUAGGAGCAAGGCCUAUGCUAACCGGUUAUGCACACCUUCCUUGUCGUCCCCAGCUUCCACUGGUUAAGGAAAUUUCGACCCAGAGAAGUUGUCUUUGACGAGAGUGAAGAAGAGGAAGAGGUUACAGCGCUAGAACAGCUGCCCGAGCCUGAAAAGCCGCCGCGACGAGGAAGACGGAAAUCAACGACUACUUCGCGGGUGGAUUCUCUGCCAGCUAAUCCACAACCUCCACCGUUACCCCCGUCGUCGAGAGGCCGUCAAAGGAAGCGCCCAAAUUACCUUAAAGAUUACGUGACAGAAUAAGGGGUCGGUCUGGUAGGAGUGUACUUAUUUCAUUUCAUUUUUCACUAUCGUCCGUCUUCGUAAUCUCAUUCCUCCCGUUAAGAAUCUGAUAAAUUGAAAUAUUUCUAUUUGCCUCCAUUCCUUCAUAAUAGUAGCUCAAACAUUUUUUUUUUAUCGCUCAAAACUAUCCGUAAAAUUCUAUUCUUUCUUUGUUUCUGUUUUUUUCUGUUUUGUCCAAUCAGUCAAGUUAAUUGUCUCAUCCAAAGCAAAGUGUCUCUGACAGAAUAGGAGAAAAGCCACUCCGUCCAUUACCCCGGCCUUUAUUUGUGCAUUCCCUUUUGCAUUUACAAUCCCGCUUGAUUUGUCUGUUUUGUUUUUGUUUUUGUUUUCUUUCUCUCGU